UCAGAGGAAAAGGCCCAGAGAGAGGAGAAGAAGGUCCAAAAACAUUGAGCGCUUUACUCCUGUUUAAUGUUGUUUGCAGCAACAGCUCUCGAUCUGGAACUGUCCUCUUUGACUAGAUUAUUUCUCACAGUGCAGUGGCAACGGCUUUGAAGAUCUUGUUUUAUUCUGGGCCAUAAAUUGACUUGCUGAGUGAUUUGCACUGCACCUUAACCUCUGAGAAAGUGAACACAGGGUGGAGGAACUCUGUAUUGUUUGUCUCACCUUUGGAAAGCAGGUGUUAUGGAUCUACAGUAUUUCCUGUGCUGGAGAGUUGCCCUGCUGCUUCUCUUGAGACCAUGCGGGCUCCGGUGUAUGUCAGUGCACAUCCUCCACGAGCAGCCUGUGCAUGUAAUCCCAGGCUCCAGUCUGGUUCUGAAAGCCCGGAUCGAGCAGGGACCCCUGGAAGAGGUCUCCAUGGUCACCUGGGAAUCGGAGGCCGAAACGGGAAUUGCUCCCGUGAGAGUGACACUGGCCACAUGCCCCGGUGAAAGCUUCAAGUGUGCUGGUACGAGGCCAAAUGUCCGUGUGAACAUGGAGCAGCAGGAGACGACACUUCAGAUUAAUGGAUACAACAGGGCAGACAGCGGUGUGUACGCCGUGACUGUGACGGAUCACACAGGAGCCAAGACCACUGCACACUGCAUUGUCAGGGAAUAUGAGGCAGUGCACCACGUCUCCGUCAGCAUCAAUGUGUCUCACUCCUCGCUGGUUUGCGGCGAGGCCUGGGGGACAGACCCCCACUUCAGCUGGCUCCACGAGAGAAAUGCCAUCACCAAGACUGUGGGAAGGGUCUCCAAAGAUGGAACGACAUUGUUCGUGACCAUGACCCCUAUUUGUGGCCACUUCACCUGUAUGGUGAGAAACAAACUGGGCUACAGCUCUGCCACCUACACCGCAGAACCUUGUGAGACGGAGGGCAGAGGGACGACGGCGGCCGCGGUGUGUCUCGUCCUCAUGCUGCUGUUUGGAGGAGUGCUGGCAUUUCUGCUCUGGUGGCGACGCAGGCACAAUAACAGAGGAGAGAGUCUGCAUGUACGUUUGGAUGACUCCAUCUGAAAAAAAGGCCCAGAGCUUCGUGUCUGUUAUUCAGAGGUCUAAGAGCGGAUAACAGGGAAUGGACUAUCAGGGAGGAACUUCCUGUCCUGUGAGCAGUAUGACCUUACACUGCAGUGGAACAAUGUGAAAAGUGAACUGCUCGCCGAAAAAUAAAUAUCUAAAAUUGGAUAUUCAGCAGCACCAGCAGUGUCUAUACACUGCCUCCUGCUGGGCUGCACCUGGCACUGUGUAUUUAAUAGUAAAAGUAAUGAUCAUUUUGUGGGCUUGUAUCAACUGGUUGUUGUGUUUAAAUGUACUCUAUUGCCUUCGUAAUAAAAUCCCCCUCACAGAAUGUGACAGAAACUUGCUAGUUCAAAAAUUCCCUUGAAUUAAUCUGAAAAAAGACAGUUUCAGUUUGAAAAGACAAGGCUUACAUUUCUCAUGAGGACGGCAUUGUGGUCCUUGUUAUCUUUUUUCUCAUCUGCUGCUACUGCAGAUGUUGAUUAGUCUCCUGCCCCCGCUAUGUGUGUAGGUACGCGGCUAAGCAGCGAGCUCAAC